AGAAGCAAAGGGGAAGAAGAAGAAAGUAGCUGCAUUAAGCUUACUGUCAACCACGGUUCUUCUCUGAGCUACUACGUGGAGAUUCAUUGGAAGUUCUGGGCGGUUCUGACCGGCUUCGGUGGUUGGACUCGGGAUGGACAGUGAAAUCCAGCGGGACGGACGAGUUCUGGAUCUCACCGAUGAUGCCUGGAGGGAAGACAGACUGCCGUAUGAAGAUGUCUCCAUUCCUCUGAGCGAGCUGCCGGAGGCUGAGCAGGACAAUGGAGGCUCAACCGAGUCUGUUAAAGAGCAGGAGAUGAAGUGGACCGACCUGGCUCUGCAGAGCCUGCAUGAAAAUACUCCAAGUUCAGGAAGCUGAUAAACCGAUCCAGAACUGCACUAGCACAGAGAGGGGGUAGUUUUCUCUGUGAGAACAAAUACAUCUAUAUGUCCUUCAUCUUUCUGUAGCAUGGUCACAUUUUGGGGAGUUUAUUUCUACAUUUAAUGCCCUCAUGUAAACGGCUGCUUACAUGUCCUUCGUGGUUUCAACCACUAGGGGUCACUGUAGACUCAACCUUCCUGCAGAGCCGAUGCCCUGCAGCUUUUAGAUGUGUCCCAUAUUCACACAAAUCAGACUGCUGAAGCUCCUCACCCGGACCUUCUCUGUGCAGGGCAUCAUAAGGGCUUCAUCAGUGGGAUGGAGAUCCAAGGCUGACCACUGUGUAAGGGUGGGUGGGGUGCCUCAGGUCUUCAUCGUAACACCUCUUUUUCUAGCUUGUCUUCUGUUCUUCCGUUUAAUCGGACCAUUCUAGCAGGUUGCCCUUGUUUAUUUGUCUGGAAGGACUUUCAUCUUGGAAGAGGACUUUGGAAACCUCUAAAAAUCAGCUGAUUGGACAUCAAGAGGUUCCCAUCUUGAACUGUUUACAGCAUCUUCAUUUUACGAGACACUGAAUUUUGUGUUUUCUUUCUUUGUUAUACGUAAAAUAAAAGCUCCAAA